AUGGGAGUGGAAGAGGCUGCGGUCUUCUGCUCUCUCCUCAGUAACUUCACUCUGCAGUACAUGCCUGUCCCACUCAGUGAUGUCACACAAGCAUACCGUAGCGCCCCCGAAAGGACAGAACAGGCACUAACCAAGGUGAUGGAGCGUCUGUGUGUGCGCGUGCAGCAGCAGGUGUGUGUGUUGAGAGGAACCGGUGAAGGAGAAGAGCUACAGGCUGCCAGGCAGGUCCUCAAGGAGGCCAGGAACUCUCGAGCUCUGUACCCCUCGCUGUGUGAGCUGGCCCACGUGCUGUCAGUGGACGGUCCGGUGAGACAGAGGCUGGACUCUCUGGCUGGAGAACUCGCCAAAGCAGCUGAUAAAGAGCUACAGGUCAUUGUGGACUCCAUGGUGUCUCUGUGCCGGGAGCUGUGUCCGCUUUCUUGUGCUGCGGCGGAGUGUCUUUCUCCUCCCCUCUCCUCCAUCUCCGAGCGAGUGUCCAUCCCUCGUUCGUCCAUCCGCACUGCUCUGAUGGAGAGAGCAGCUCAGGACAUCAACAGAGCUCUGGAGGAGGUCAAGCUGUCUGUGGUCUCAUAUCUCACUAACUCCAUUGUGGACCAGAUCCUACAGGAGCUUUAUGCCACUCACAAAACCCUGCUCCGGCAGGUUUCACAGAUGAGACGGCUGGAAGAUGGGGGGACAGCCAGGCGCGCACACAGACAUGCUGACUUACUAGAUGUUGUGGAGGAUGACUUUGGCAUCAGCAUAGACACAAUUGCCAUUAAAAAACGCAGCUCCAGGACCAGACGCAUUCGUCCCGUGUCCAACAGACUCAGUCUAGGAGACGACCCCAACUCUUCACCUUUAGUGUCCACUCCUCAGACAUCUGCUCCCCUUUCACGCUCAGCAUCAUGGGAAGGUCUGUCCACCCUGCCAACACAAGGCUCACCUCUGCGUCAUGUGACCCACGGCAGACCACGCCCACCACGAAGGCACAGGACUCCUCACGCUCCCUUUGAGACACACUGCUCGGAGAAUGGUGGAGUAUCUGUAUUGGAAGAUGGACUGCCUGACUUCUACACCAAGAGAGUUUUACCAGACAGUCAGCUGUCAUCCCACCAUCAUGCUCAGGCUCUGAGGAGGAAGAAAAGACGCAGUGUGUUGUCAAUUUUUUCUGGAUUCAGAAAGAACCGAAACUCGACCAUAUCAUAUCAGGAGUCCGAACCUACAGGAAGGGACGGGGCCUGUGGGGAGGAAUGUCGCACUAAUAUUGCCACUGAGAAUGUGUACUCCUUGAUUCAACACCCAAAGGAUCGUGGGAGGUUAGACCUAGGCACUGAGGGCACUAAUGGGAGGCUGAUAGGGCCGAGUGUUCAGAGGAGCCCUCUGCUCUCAGGACGGCCCUUUCAUGGUAUACCCCUGCCGGGAAUGCUGGGAAUUAGCCCCCCUUGCUUCUCACAGAGACAGUCGCCUGAUUACAGUGAGGUGUUCGGCUCAACAGAAGAGAUUGGAUACGGAGAGCAUGAGAUGGAACGGCAUUCAGAUAUCGUUGCUAAAAGGCACACACCAUCUAUAGACAGACAGUCAGAAUCAGGAAGACAGGAAUCACAGUCAGACAGCCAGAAAAAGACAAGCAGUAUAACAGACCCUCAGCUGCUGGAAACCAUAAAAAGACCCGAGCCGCCACCUCAGAGCACCAAGCCGAGCUUGGCUAAGACACGGCAGCGCCAUCUGGAGGAGAGCUCCGAAAAAUCAGCUGAAGAUUCUGGAGAACUGGGGGAGAAGGAUGAGGAAAAAGAAGACAGGAGAUGUGGAGAAGACCAAAAACCAGAAGGACAGACUCCACCCAUUCCUGAAAAGCCAUGCUAUUAUUCACCUCACAUGUCUCCCAUUGGCUCCUCGCCACAAGUCGUGGCCAAUGAGAAUCAGCCACCAGCUGCUCCGCCCUCCUCUGCUAAGCCUGUGUUUCAUUCUGCUUCAGUAGAUUCUGCAUUGCUUCAAGGUGAUGAAGUCAAAAACAGCCCUGUGGGUCCCAUGAAACCAUAUCGAAACAGGAAAGCAAAUUCGUGUGACACAGGAAUGGAGCAGGAUGCCCGCUGUGAUCUGGAAAGAUCCUCAGAUCGUAACCCCCCUGUGAAAAAACCUAGACUCCCUCCGAACCUAAAUAAGUCCUUGGAUUUCCCUGGUCAUCAGAGUUCGGAGCCAAGCAAUGCUGAAGCGUCAUGACACCCAUUGGAGCCAAAGCUCUGUGAAAACUGAGGGUCUUUGUGAUGCUGAGAGGAGAGAGAGGGAGAGAUAUGAUCAGAUGAAUCUGCAGCUUGAUGAAUUCAUAAAGACUCUUGUUUUCAUUUGCAUAUUCUUGCUCACUCAAGUGAGUAGUUUUGCAUCCCCUCCUGCUUUUACUUAACCAUCAUUCUCAACCUUAUGCACUUAACUACGAUUCCUUUAUUUCACUCUCUCUCUCCGUCUC